AUGGCAAUGGACAAAUUGGAACCAAGAUUGGAGAGAGAGAGAGAGAGAGAGAGAGUGGCAAACGCAGAUGUAGAAGCUCUGGACUUCGAGCCGGAGGACGAUGAUCUUAUGGACGAAGAUGGCGCCGUCGAUGUCGACUCGGGCUCGCCGAGGGCUCCCUUGCUGCCGAAGAUCAAAUCCGCAAUUACUGGUGGCUCCUACGCCGCAUCAGCUCCAAAGAAGAUAAAAGGCCGUGGUUUUCGUCAAGAAGAAGCCGACCACCCAGAUCGCGAUAACCGCAUGUCUGGUCGUUUUGAUUCCCUUGAUUCCGAAGGCGGUCUCGGUUCUGAACGAUCUAUUGAAGGAUGGAUUAUUCUUGUCACGGGCGUUCAUGAAGAAGCACAAGAGGAUGAUCUACAAAAUGCAUUUGGUGAAUUUGGGCAGAUGAAGAAUUUGCACUUAAACCUUGACCGACGAACUGGUUUUGUCAAGGGAUAUGCGUUGAUUGAAUAUGAAAAUCGUGAUGAAGCUCAAGCAGACAUUAAUGAAAUGGCCGGAAAAGAUUUACUCACACACGCCAUCAAUGUUGACUGGGCAUUUAGCAGGGGGCCCUUCAGGAGAAGGAAUACCAGGAAGAGGUCUCCUCGUAGGAACAGAUCAAGAAGUCCAAGAGACAGAUUCUAGAUAAUUCAGAGAUGCAUGCUUACAAUGUUUUUUCUAAGACAUCUAUCCUAAAAUGAACUAUAUAUGUUUCUUGUUGUAAUUUAUUUGUUCUUUGUGAGAGUUGUGGGUUCUGCUGCUUUGUGAUGGAAGAAGAACCUUGAAGUUGUUUAUGAACUUUGUUAAACCCUAAAAGAACAAAAAUU